AUGCUAUUCGAAGAUUUGCGAUUCAUUCAUGAGGACCUGGAGAGGCUAGAACAGGCUGUCGCCGAUCGUGUGGCUGAGAAUCCCUCCAACAUCCGACAACGUCUCUCUCGUGAUCAUGAAGUUGCCAAGUUCCUAGCGAGAAUUGAGGAGCAGUCACAGCGCCUUUUGGAGAUUUACAGCGAUGCAGACAAGCUCCUCGAAAAGGAAGCGCAGGUAAUCUCAACCGGAGAUCAAUUCGAGGAGUUCUACAAGCAGUUGGAUGGAAUUAAAGACUUCCACAAACGAUACCCAAACGAGCCAGUUGAGAAUCUCGAGCGCGCAUACAAGCGGCGUCAACCUGGCGACGGCGAAACGCCCCGCGUCGAUGUGGAUCACAUGUUCACCGGCGAAGAAGCAUUCGGCCAAUUCCUGGAUCUGACUAUGAAUCACGAACAAUACCUGAACCUACCGGGUGUCAAACGGCUGGCGUAUACCCAAUAUCUAGGAGUUUUUGACUCCUUUACGCCACCCACCAUGAAUAUCAAGCGAAAAGAUAAGGUUUCCGACAAGUACUUCCGCUACGUCAGUGAACUCGCUAGCUACCUUGAAGGAUUCAUUAAAAGGAUUCGCCCUUUGCAAGAUCUCGACAAGCUAUUCGGGUUGUUCGAUGAAGAGUUUGAUAAGCAAUGGUCGGCGAAGGAGGUCCCUGGAUGGACGGACGAGAAGGCAGAGAACGGUGCCUCCGGCCCUCAAACACAGGGGACGGGAGCCGGCAUCUGGUGCGCUGACUGUGAGAAGGAGUUCAGCAACGAAAAUGUGUACCGGAAUCACUUGACUGGCAAGAAGCACAUUCGAGCUGCCGAGGCAAAGAAGGCAGCUGGCUCGUCAGGCGAGCAGUCCGCAGCACCCGUGAGCCAGGGGACAUCUUCCUUCAACUUUAAGGAGCGAGCAGUAGCCGAGCGCGAGCACCGGAUUCGAUGCUUGUCGAAGGAGCUCGAGUCAAACCGAAAAGCAACGAGGGACAACGUCGAGCGCAGACAGGCUAUGACUGAACGAGAGCGCCAAGCUGAUAACGAAGCGAUGAUGGCUGAUCCGGAGGAUUAUAUGCAGGGUGGCGACCGAGACCAGUCGGAUGAUGAAGACGCAGAUAAACUUUACAACCCCUUGAAGCUACCUCUGGCCUGGGAUGGCAAGCCUAUUCCAUAUUGGCUUUACAAGUUGCAUGGCCUCGGUACUGAAUACCCAUGCGAAAUUUGCGGUAAUUUCGUCUACAUGGGUCGUCGGGCUUUCGAUAAGCACUUCUCCGAAGCGCUGCACAUCUAUGGGUUGAAGUGCUUGGGUGUCACGUCUAAUACCAACUUAUUCCGAGAAAUUACGCGCAUUGAUGACGCCGUGCGACUUUGGGAGAAGCUCGAGCAAGACCGCAAGAAGGAGCGCGACUCUCGCGAUAACGUCGUGCAGAUGGAGGAUGCCGAAGGCAAUGUCAUGCCGGAGAGGAUUUACCUUGAUCUUCAAAAGCAGGGUAUUCUCUAA